AUGAACAACAAAACUGUCAUCUCUCAGUUCCUCCUACUGGGCCUGCCCAUCUCCACAAAGCACCAGCACCUAUUCUAUGCCUUGUUCCUGGCCAUGUACCUUACCACCGUUUUGGGAAACCUGAUAAUCAUUAUCCUUGUUCGACUGGACUCUCAUCUCCACACACCCAUGUACUUGUUUCUCAGCAACUUGUCCUUUGCUGAUCUCUGCUUUUCCUCUGUCACAAUGCCCAAGUUGCUGCAGAACAUGCAGAGCAAGGACCCAUCCAUCCCCUAUGCAGGCUGCCUGGCACAAAUAUUCUUCUUCCUGUUAUUUGGAUACCUUGGGAACUUCCUCCUUGUGGCCAUGGCCUAUGACCGCUAUGUGGCCAUCUGCUUACCUCUGCAUUACACCAGCAUCAUGAGCCCCAAGCUCUGUACUUGUCUAGUGCUGCUAUUUUGGAUACUGACAUCAUCUCAUGCCAUGAUGCACACCCUCCUCGCAGCAAGAUUGUCUUUUUGUGAGAACAAUGUGCUCCUCAACUUUUUCUGUGACCUGUUUGCUCUCCUAAAGCUGGCCUGCUCAGACACUUAUGUUAAUGAGUUGAUGAUACUUAUCAUGGGAGGGCUUGUUGUUAUUAUUCCAUUCCUGCUCAUUGUUAUGUCCUAUGCCAGGAUCAUCUCCUCCAUUCUUAAGGUUCCAUCUACCCAAGGCAUCUACAAGGUCUUCUCCACCUGUGGUUCCCAUCUGUCUGUGGUCUCACUGUUCUAUGGGACAGUCAUUGGUCUGUAUUUAUGUCCAUCAGCUAAUAACUCUACUGUGAAAGAGACUGUCAUGGCCCUGAUGUACACAGUGGUGACUCCCAUGCUGAAUCCCUUCAUCUACAGCCUGAGGAACAGAGACAUGAAGAGGGCCCUAAUAAGAGUUAUCUGCAGUAAGAAAAUCUCUCUGUAG